AUGUUGUCGCGUUCCGCUGUCUCGGUGACAGCGCUCGCUGCGAUCCUUCUGCUGUCGAGCGCAGUUCUGGCAGGCAACUACACCUUACGCGAAGAGAUCACCGGACGACAAUUUCUCGACCGCUUCUGGUUCUGGUCAUACAGCGAUCCCACGCACGGUACGGUCGACUAUGUGGACGAGUUCACCGCAGUCGCGCGAGGUCUGGCAACCGUCAACUCGGACGGUCGAUUCAUGAUCCGUGCCGACAAUACGACAGUAGUACCAUUUGGGCAGGGUCGACAGAGCGUGCGGUUGCACAGCAAGCGCCUGAUGAGCGACGGCGUGCUCGUAGCCAAGUUCACCCACAUGCCGCAAGGAUGCGCGACGUGGCCCGCAUUCUGGACAUGCACCAACGAUAGAUGGCCGAGUGGAGGAGAGAUUGACAUUGUCGAAGGCGCAAACGACCAGGGACCACGCAACCUCGCCAGUCUGCACACACUCUACGGAUGCCACAUCCCAACUGGCUCGCGAUCGGAUCAGGCCGGCGUGACAUCACAAUCUGACUGCUCGUAUCAGCCAGGCUGCUCUGCUUCUUUUAACGCCAACAACUCGUUCGGACCCAACUUCAAUCAGAAUGGCGGAGGCUACUUUGCCAUGCGCCGCGAAACCAGACCGGGCGACCCGGGCAUCGGCGUCUACUUUUGGCCCAUCUCGACAGCUCCUUCCGCCAUGCCUGCAGUUGUGGCUGCCAUCGCAAACGGCGUGUCCGCUCCCAAGUACGUCGUGACCAACAGCAAUGCCACUGGCAGCGACCGUUCCGAACUCGCCAAGUGGGGGCAGCCGUCGGCCUUCUUCGCCAACACCGCCAACUCGACGGCCAGCGCAUCUGCUCUCGCAACGGGAGAUGGAUCUGUGUGCCAGAUGCAAGACUACUUUGACGAACACGAGAUCAUCAUCAACCUGACGCUCUGCGGUGACUGGGCGGGAGAGACGUUCGGGUUCAGUGGAUGCGCGGCGCAGUACCAAAAUGCAUCGUGCGAAAGCUUUGUGCGCAAUAACCCAAGUGCUUUCACUGACGCUAGGUGGGAGAUCGACUACAUGCGGGUGUACGACAAUGCCUCUUCACCUAACGGACGACCUGCAAGACUCUUGUCUUUCGCGAUCUUGCUUGCAAUGAUUGGCUACUUGGUGGUAUAG